AAAGCUUGUUGAUAUUUUCAUGGUAACCAUAAGCGGUAAUAGCGCUAGUAGCGGCCAGCAGCGUGCCACGAAACCGGGCCCUGGCGACGCGCCUGCGCUGACCUUGACGGCCGCGCCCCGCGGGCGGGCACGAGACUGGGCCGGGUCACCAGACGGCGGCCGAGCCGGGGGGAGCGCGGUGCCGCUGCUGCGCUCUCUCGUCAAUCAGUCGCGUCGUCUGCUCCCCUGUGUGAUCUAGACUUCGCUUACUACUUCUCUCUGUUACAAUUAGUGUUUGGUUUGCAGCAUUAUCGGUUGUUUGUGCGAUCAUUGUAAUUAUCACAAUUGCUGGUAAUGCAUUGACUCAUGGCCUACACGCGAACCUUCUGCAAUUGACUAAGCUGAAAUCUCAUUCUCGACUGACCGUUCAUUGUCUCACGAACCGACUGAAUUUUGCGGCGGUAUGCAGGCCCCUCCACCGGCGUACGCUCCGGCACCGCCUGGCCAGACGGGCCCUGGCGUCUUCCAACAGGCCGGGGCUGCGCCUCCGCCGCCACCUCCGCCGCCUCCCGGAGGACCCGCCGGCUUCAUGAUGGCUCCAAUGAUGGGAAUGGGUCAGCAGCAGCAGCAGCAACAACAACAGAGCACCACCAACUCCAGCAGCACCACGGUGGUGGUGGCUGGCGGCGGCGGCGGCGGCGGUGGUCCUCGGUCGCCCUUCCUCUGCCCCGUCUGCCAGACAGGCGUCAUGGAGACCAGCUACACCUUCUGCGGGGUGCUGCUGGCCAUCGUCCUCUUCCCCAUCGGCAUCAUCUGCUGCCUCUACCUGAGCGGGCGCACCUGCUCCGCCUGUGGAUACUCGCGAUAGCGCCGCCUGUGGAUACUCGCGAUAGCGCCGCCUGUGGAUACUCGCGAUAGCGCCGCCUCGGCCUGUGGAUACUCGCGGUAGCGCCGCCUCGGCCUGUGAAUACUCGCGAUAGCGCCGCCUGUGGAUACUCGCGAUAGUGCCGCCUGUGGAUACUCGCGGUAGCGCCGCCUGUGGAUACUCGCGGUAGCGCCGCCUGUGGAUACUCGCGAUAGCGCCGCCUCGGCCGAUCUCUGAACACGACGCCAGGCUCUCCGAGGGCGCGCCAGAGCUUCACGCUAACCGCUCACUGAUCUCAGACAUUCGCUCGAACGGAUUCGGUUGAUGGUCAUGGUUUGUGAAGCCAUGAUUUGUGUAGCGACUUCGGCAUACAAUUCAACGAUGUGCGCACGGAAAUCAAUAGCAGAUUCAUCAUGUUACACUGCAAAACUGAUAGUGUGGUGGAAGUCCUCAUUGCAUUGCGUGCUCGAGUCUCGAAUCUAGGGUGUUGUAACAAAGAUGUUAUCACAAUGUUGCCGGUAAUACCAUACGCUUAAUGGUCACUUC